AUGGCUGGACCCAGCUUCGUAGCCGCAAAACCAUGCUCAGGAACACCGACCCCAACACCGACGCCGUGUGUUGAGCCUCCCAACCAAACCACCGGGUACCCUGACUACGACCUCUUCUGCAAAUGUGACGCGACUCAGGAGAAGGCCUGGGGCAACCCUUACCUAGGUCUCGUGCGAUGCGACACGACCUGCACACCCGCGAAGGCAGAACAGCGAGAAGAGCACAACGACGCGGCCACCUCGCUUUCGGACUGCAUGAACGCGUGCACUGGCAGCUUCGAGAAGGCGAAGCGCCAAGACGACGACUACUGGUUUUGCCACGGCGUCAACUUCAGGCAAGGAGAGCUUUGCGAGUUCAUUGGAACCUUGGGCGAGAGGACAUUCGAGGCAGGGUCAGGCACGGACUGCUUCUAUGUUGAUGGCCUUGACGGUUAA